AGAAUUCAAGAAUCGCCAGCACCAACUGCGUGGUCUGCGUUCCCUAGGCUCUCCAGUUUCACCGGCCGCGGAUAAAGAGUGUCACUUUUCCUUCCAACGCAGCAAAGUGCAAGUCAGAGCAGAAAUCAUCCAAUAUUCAAAGCGCCGCGACUUACACAGCUCCAAAGGGAUUUCCUGUGGGCCCCACUUUGAGUAUUGUUCGUCUAGUAGGUGCUAGCGCCGUCCGCUCACCUACUGCCAUCGUUGCUUGCUUGAACCACACGCAACGAAAGUCAGCGGAAAGUCAAAGGAGAGUCCUGCCGCGGCGUGCCAACUUGCCAUCCGGCGCGGCAUAAGUAGCGGCAACGAAGUGCAAUUUCACUGCGGAACGGUUUUCCAUCCACGUCUUGGCAAGGCGUAAUCGAAAACAAAGGUAAUCGUUAACGCUUGUACGCACUGCUUGGAAAGGGAGACCCAAAGUCGUCACCGCUGGAAGAAGCAGCAGCAAGGCCGCCGAUUGCGGCGCCGCCAUUUGCGCCUACCGCUGGCGCUAAAACUGCCACUCUGGCGACUCUAGCCCUGCAAAUGGUGCCCGACGGAAUUGCGAUGUUUCCACCCGACUGGGCGCAGCAGCCGCCGCAACUCCCGGCGCAAUUUACGCCGGAAAAUCCGCCGCCAUUGCCGUUCGCCUUCACCGCCUCUGUCGUCGCAUCCCUUCCCGACGCUGGCGAGACGUCGUCUCCUGUCGCUGCACCUUCAAUUGCGACUGAGACGACGCCUGCGACAAUCCCUGCGACAAUUCCACCGGCGACGGCUCCUGCGACAGCGGCGAUGGAGGACGAGGACGACGACGAAAGCAUGUUACCUCCCGGGUUUCGCUUCCACCCGACGGACGAAGAACUCCUCUGUUACUACCUUCGGCGACGCGUCGACAAUCGUCGCAUAAGCUUCAACGUCAUGGGCGACAUCGACCUCUACAAAUUCGAGCCUUGGGAUCUCCCCUCGCGCGCCUCGAGCCCACUAAUGGGAAACGACGAGUGGUUCUUUUUCACGCCGCGCGACCGGAAAUACCCGUCGGGGCUGCGGUCGAAUCGCGCGACGCCCGCGGGAUAUUGGAAAGCGACCGGGAAGGACCGGCCCGUGUUCGCCGCCGGGAACCGCGGAGGAGGAGGGCCGAGUGGUGGAGGAGCAGGGGGGACAACGGUUAUUGGCUUCAAAAAGACCCUCGUUUUUUACCGCGGUCGCGCGCCGGCUGGCGAGAAGACGGACUGGGUGAUGCAGGAGUACCGUCUACCCGACAGCUCCGACGACAUUGCCAGCCUCAUGCUGCCGGCCGGCAGCUCUGCCGGCAGCGCUGACGUCACCAUCGCCGCGCCGCCGUCCGCGUCCGCGGCCGGCUGGCAGAGCGCCUGCGGGCCGGCGGGAAUGACCCUGUCGCAGUGGGUGGUCGUGCGCGUGUACACGCGCGGGGCGCUUCCGCAGCAGUCACAGCCCGGGCAGGGCGCGCGCUCAGGGCAGGGCCGCGGAGGAGUGGCGGCGCAAGGGGGCCUGGGCCAGGCGCUCGCGCAGGCGCAGGCGGCAAAAGCGGAACCCGCGACAGCGGAGGGAUUGGAGCUAGCGGAGGGGUUUCAGCUGCAGCGGAUGGAGUUAGACACCAGCGGAAGCGGAAACGGAGGUGCGCAAAUGGCGGCGGGCUCCGUUCCGCAAUCCCCGCUCGUGUCCCCGCGACUGGUUCCGCCACAGGCUCACGUUCCGCUCAGUCCGCGACCCGCGAGCGCCUGCGCGACUGGCGCCGCUGCUGGCGGAAGCGGAGUGUUUCAAUUCGGUCUGGCCCCUUCGUCUUCCGCCGUUGCUACUUCCCCGCGUGGUGCCUCCGCUGGUGCUUCCACCGCUGCAAGUGUUUCCGCCGCCACUUCCGCUGGCGAUAUUGCCCCCGCGGUCGGCGGGAGUGGCCCCGCGCGCGGGUCAGCUCUCAACAGUCUUCGGAAACUUUUUUCUGCCCGGUCCUCGCAAUCCGCGCCCCUGCCCGUGCUGCAGAGUGCAGCGGCGCAGGCUUUGAGGAAGGGGCCUCGCGCAAUUGAUCGCGCAGUUACUGUAGCAAUCGGAGAACCGUCUAACCAAUCAGAAAGCCCCGCUGCUGGUGUGGGUUUCGCGAAUCUGACAAUUUCGCGACCAACAAACGUGGGUUUCGUUAACCCAGGUUCUACUGAGGCCAAUCAGGUUGGAAUUGGAGGCUCGGAGGUGGCAGGUUCGGGAGCUGGUUUUGCGAAACCUUUGAGUUCGAGCCAGUGGCUUGGCGCCAUGUCUAGCCUGAAGCGGUUCAACUCGCCGGCAAUCCCUAGAGGCAACUCGUGCCCUUCUGCCAUCGCUGCAGGCCUGGGUUCGACUCCUGAUGAGCACAUUUCAAGGCUGGCGAGAGCUCAAAGCUUGGCACAGCCCACUGUCGUGGAAGAGGCAGACGAAGGGGAUGCAGAGACCAAGAAACUGGGUGAGGGGUUUCAGAAUCAGGCUGGGGAACAGCAGGAAAGUGGGGGCGAAACAGGAGGAGCGGGAGUAGGACGAAAGGAGGCAGGAGAAAAGGAAGCGUCUGAGACCUUUUCCAAACUUCUUGCUGAGUACGUUGCAGGGCAGAGAGACAACGACAGUUCUGGUAAUGUUCUGAUUGACCCGCCAGUCAAUCGGGACACGACAAGUGUGCUCCCGCCAAGUCAGGAGCAGGAGAAGCCGUGUGAGGAUAUUGACAGUCGCAGGGUGGACACACCAAUGAACGAAAUGGUUGGCCAGACUCUCGAGACUCAGCCACAGCAGCAGCGGCGGCCACAGCAGAGACAGCAGCAGCAGCAGCAGCAGCAGCAGCAGCAGCAGCAGCAGCAGCAGCAGCAGCAGCAGCAGAUGCCCUCACGGCGCCUGCAACGGUCAAAUGCUGCCAUAAUCGAGCCAUUAGAGGAUUUGCUCUCGGCUCAAGAAACCUCACAGCAGGGUCUGCAGCAGCAGCAGCAGGGCCAGCAGCAGCAGGGCCAGAGCUCAAGUUUCCCUGCCUUGCUAUCCAGCUCGCCCCCUCACCUUGCCACCAUCAGUAACACCACAGGCAACUUCACCAGCACCAGGACUGGCCCUAUCUCCACUGGCCCUAUCUCCACUGGCCCUAUCACCCCACCAUCAGUUAUUCCCUUGCCUGAUGCUUUCCUUACCACCCCUGUCUCCCUUGCCACCCCUGCCACUCCUGGUAUGGCUAGGGAACUUUUAGGCCUGGAAACCCUUAUGACCCCUAUGGACCUCUCUGGUACAGGCUGGUGGGCAGCAGAUGCUGCUGCUGCUCGUCUUCCUCCUGCUGCUGCUGUGGCUGCUGCUGCUCCUGGCGCUGCUGCUGCUACUGCAGGUGCUGCUGCUCCUGGCGCUGCUGCUGCUGGUUCUGCUGCAGGGGCUAGUGUUGGAAUUGCUCAACUUGGGGGUUUCAGUGGAUUUGCUGUGUUCGGCAAUGGCAGCGGGCACCUGUCUUUUUUCGACAGCCCGUUCCGGCUGCUCACUCCUGCUCCAGCAGGGCCUGACGGUGGGGCUGCCAGCCCCUGGACUGCUGCCGUCGUUGCUGCAGCUGCUGCUGGUGCUGCCUCUGGUUCUGUCUCUGGUGCUCCGGCAACUUCUGUUGCUCGUGCUGCUCCUGGUGCUCCUGGUGCUCAUGGUGCUCCUUGUGCUGCUGGUGCUGCUGGUGCUCCUGGAACCAACCCAGUGGGCAGGUACAGGGAGAGUGAUCAGGCACCGCAGGGCAGUGCCAGCGACAGUGAGCCUAGCUCCCCAUGUACAGUCAACACCCAAACCACUUACAACACCCAAACCACUUACAACACCCAAUCCACUUACAACACUCACACCUCUCACACCAUGCUCCUUGCCAACGAUCAAGAGCUAGCGGGGGAAGUUGCUGGGCCUGCUGCUGCAGCUGCAGACAAAGCGGGUUCUUCUGAAGGAGGCUACAGAGGAUGGAAUAGGGCUGCCUCUGAAGUACCAGCAGCAGCAGCAGAGGCUGUGCUUCCUGCCACCACUGACCCUACUACUGCUGAAUCUGACCGUUUCUCCAUGCUCUCAUCGCCGCCUCUCCCCCCUGAGAUGAUGAACGAGCUUACGGAGCUGCUGCUACGUUCGGCUGUCGCCCAGCCUAGGGUCUCAGGCUUGGGCCCAUCAGGCUCGGCACCAUCAGGCUCGGCACAAGCCGCUGCUGCUGCAGUGGGCACUGUUGGUGGGAGAGAUCGCCGAGGGGAGGAUGGCAUGGGCACAGAGGCUGCCCAGGAGCUUAGAAAGGCUCAGUUCCAGCAGCCAGAAUGGGGUGCUCAUCUGCAGCAACAGGUGCAGCAGCAGCAGGAGAAGGAGCAGGAGGGCGGGAAGGAGAAGAAUGAGAGUCGAGGGGGGAGACAGGUUCGGUCUCCGAAGCGGAGUAGAGGGGAGAGGGAGUUUGAGGGACUAAUGAUGGAGGAAAACGGGGAGGGGGCACGGAGGGAGGGAAGCCACAUGGCCAUGGAGGGUGAUGUGGAUCGGCCCUUGUCCAAGCGAAGGAGCUUUGCUGCGGAGGAGAUAGAGGUCAGUUCGGAUGAGUUGGGUGUGGUGGAGCAAGGAGUGGGAGAGGAGGGGGUGGUGGAUGAGAGAGCGCGGCCUGAUAUUCUCAACAUGUUGAAGCACAUACUGGGAUGACUGCGCUUGUUUUCCGUUUCACUUAUCAGUUUUUUGCACCAGAGGUGCUUGUUCCGUUUUGUGGAUAUCCUCGAUGUCUUCAACUUUUUUAUUAUGCUCGUAAUUUCGGUUGUAUCCCUUUUUUCUUUAACCAUUAUACUAGUGACGGCUUAUUGCACCCUGCAAUUGUGUUCUUGUACUGCGAGGUUCGGAAUCACCGAACCUGAACAGCUCAUUUCGCGUACUUCUCCAUUCGAGAUUCGAGGCCCCGUUUUUGGCGCGUCGCUGGCAUGUCGAGGGGUUGAUGGCACCCAUCCCCUCCCAUUGGCUCUUUGCGUUCGCCGUAGCCUCGGCCCCCAAGCAUCCAGUCCAAACACUUGGAAAAGUGUCACUUUUAUAAAACGCACAGCUUCAUACAUGGGCACUCCGUCCGCCUGACCUUCAGGUGGCGGUCUUACGCAUGUGAAACAUGAUACGAACCGAACACGCCCGCGUUUGUGAGUAGAGCUACACCCGCGUCGCGCUCACCACCACCCGCCUUUUCCCCCGGAGUCCAUCCUCUCCUCUCUCUCACGCACACCUACGGGUUUGAAUUGUUUAGCUUCACCACACCACACGGCUUCCGUACACCUACCACAAUCCACAUUCCCUUACCGUGAUUACCGCUUCCCGUCUAGUCCUCCCAUCGUGCUGCACUAUCUCAGUCGUUUGAUUGUUACACCAGUCAUCGCAGUCGCUUGUCGUACCAUCACCCGCUAGCAGAGCAUCGUAUCCCGUUAGCAAUUCUCUAGCUCGCCCCAUUUUUUUUCCCCCUCUUUCUUGUUUUCCACACCGGCUUCUCUUGGGCCAGUUUUUUUGGCUGCGAAAAUUUGUUGUGACCAUGUCAGACGAACGGCGAGACUCUCUGGCGGCAGCAUCAGGAUCCACGCCAAGACUACUAGCUCACGCCGCCGGUUCCGGAGAAACAGCCUCGUUAUUGUCUUCUCCGAUAUUAGCUGAGCCGGGACUCCAGUCAGCAAGAUCAGCGGGCGACCUUACGACGGGAGCUCCGGAUGUAAGGAGUAGCGCUGGUGCCGCUGCACCCGCUGUUGGGUCGAGAAUCGAGUGCGCUGUGCCGCCUAUUACUUGUGACGCUGCUUCUAGUAGUAGUAUGGACACUGUUACUAUGGGCAUUCGUAGGUCUGACUCAGCAUCGUGCGAGCCAGAGGCUCGGCAAAGCGAGCAAGAGAGCGAGCUUUCGCGGGAUUCCCGAGCCUCCCGGUUCGGCGAGGACAGGUCCGGAGAAUCCACGCUCGAAGAGGCCCUGCUGGAGGAGGGUAGGCUCGGGCACAGCUACAGUUCCGACCGGCUUUUAGCUGACGGCCGGCUCUUAGUUGAGUGCCGGUUUUGCCGGGAAGAAGAAUACUUAGACCCGUUGGAACUUGGGCUCGUAACGGCCAGUGGCGGCAGCACUGGCAGCACCCGCAGU